UGAAGAACAUGGAACAACUUAAAUUCUACCUGUCACAUUUGUUUAGGUGAGUAUCAAUGUGUUUCACAUAUUAAAAGUUAGAACAUUAUAUACUCCUUACUUUUACUGGUUAUAAAUGCCAAACUUAUCUAAUGUAUUGUUCGUGUUUCAUCUUUUAACAUUCUGUUUGAUAUAUUGGACCAACAACUUCCUUCCACAUUUUCAGGGAUCUGGUAUAUUGUGGAACAAGUAUGAUUUUCCUGUAUUCUUGCUCUCGGAGAGUAGUACGAAGACCAUCCAAGAGGUUUCUGAAGAAAUUUUGAAGAGACAGAGAUCUUAUACCACUGUUGUGGCUGAGUUUGAUCUUGUGAUGCAGACAGUGAAAGCUAGAACUCGUGAUUCAGAAUCUUGUUUGAAAGAGGAGACCUGCCUUCCAUUAGGGGGAUACAGUGUUUGGUCAUCACUUCCUCCGCUUAAUAUCUCCUCCUUAGAUCAGGGUAAGCCUAUUAUAUUGACUGUGGCGUCAAUGGAUUCGGCUUCAUUUUUCCGUGACAAAAGCCUUGGUGCAGACUCCCCAAUAUCAGGCAUGAUUGCACUCUUGGCAGCGGGCGAUGCACUAUCACAUUUGGAGGCUUUCCAUGACCUUAAUAAAAAGACUCGGGAAUCAUCACGGUCUGAGGUGAGGCAAUGCUACAACGUUUCCCUGAGACAACCAAUUAUGGUAGUCGAGGAGGUGGUUCGAGGACAGUGUCUUCUCGAGGAUGCAAAAGUGCAUGAGGUGUUGGUUGAGGAGGCCAAUGAGUUUGACCCGUGGGUUCAAGAAGAGAGGGCGAUCAAACCAAUGGAGGAAGUCAAGGAGUUAGCUUUUGAAGCAGCCACUCCUGAUAGGAAAACCAAGAUUGGGAAAAAUCUAGAGGAGAAAGUCUGA